UGAAGAUGAUAAAGAAAAAAACGAGUACAAUAAAAAACUUGAAAGCAAAAAAUCCAAAGCAACAAGAUAUAUUUUUCUUAUAAGACAUGGACAGUAUAAUCUAAAGGGUGAAACUGAUGAAGAAAGAAAAUUAACUGAACUAGAUGUUUUUUAGGAAGAAAACAAGCACUUCACACAGGUGAAUAUUUAAGUGUUUUAAAUUAUCCAUGGACAUCUAUCACACAAUCAACUAUGACUCGUGCAGUAGAAACUUGUUCAUUGAUCCAGAAGCAUUUAUCACCAGAUAUACCCAUAAGCUCAACUGACUUGCUUAGAGAAGGAGCACCAAUACCACCAGAUCCUCCUAGCAAGCAUUGGAAACCUGAUUUAUAUCAGUUUUACCAAGAUGGAGCUCGUAUUGAAGCUGCUUUCAGAAAAUUUAUUCAUAGAGCUCCUCCUUAUCAAAAAGAAGAUUCAUAUGAAAUAAUUGUUUGCCAUGCUAAUGUUAUAAGAUAUUUUGUAAUGAGAGCACUUCAAUUGCCACCUGAAGCUUGGCUGCGUUUAAGCUUAGAUCAUGCGAGUAUAACCUCUCUUUCUAUCUAUCCUAAUGGUCGAGUAGCACUUCGUUGGUAUAGUAACUCUGGAUAUAUGCCACCUGAUUCAAUAAGUCAUUGAAAAAUGUUUGUAUGUAUAGAUAUUCAUUUGAUAAAGUUAUGUAAUUAAGUAUUAUUUUUGGUAAAAAAAAAAAGGAUACUUUAAAUUAAAAAAAAAAUUAUGUUUUGGUAAAAUAUUUGUCUGAAAUAGUAAUGGAAACUUUUUCAAUAAAAAAUAAAUUUUUUUUGUAUUUCAUCAA